AUGAAUGUGUUUCAAUCCUUGGCCAACACAAUACAAACCCUGGCUGACAAGGUAGAAGUCACACCUGACACAACACAAGCUGUAUUCAAAGUAGCAGAAGCUAUGGCUGCCAUAACUACCACAACACCAACACCACAAACACUGAAGUCUGCAGAAGGCGUGUAUUUGACCAAUACCAAUAAUCCUUGGUAUGGGACAGUUUGUUUUGCAUGCAAUUAUAAAGGGCAUCGAGCAAACAAAUGUCCCAACUUAAGGCCAGAACAUUUAGAAGUAGCAUCAUCUGUUGCUAAUAGUAAAUUCAGAAUGGGAUUUAUGCCCUCUGAUGCCCAUUUACACCUCCCACACAUAUGA